AUGGGAAAUACGGGUUCUGGAGCCAAAAAUCGGCACGCUUCUGGGGAAGACACCGCCCCCACCCUGACAGCAACUUCCAGGUACACAGAUGGCGAUGUUUACGAACAAGGAGCACCCUUCAGGCGUCAGAGAGCCAGCACUUUAACCCCAGGCCAGGAAAUGAGCCAUGGGACGACCAGCCGGCUUUUACCCACUGUCUUCAAAUGGGAAGGUGGGGGUAAAGACGUCUAUGUCACUGGCACUUUCAAUAAUUGGAAAUCCAAGAUUCCAUUGGCCAGAAGCCAGGGAGAUUUUUACACCAUUAUUGACUUGCCAGAAGGGGAACACCAGUACAAGUUUUAUGUGGACGGCCAGUGGAUGAACUCACCCAAUGAUCCUAUGACUAGUAGUGAUAUUGGGACACAGAACAACACCCUGACUGUGAGGCGGUCUGACUUCGAUGCUUUCGAAGCCUUAGCCAUAGAUGGAAGGGCAGCCAGCAAGAAGGUAGACAAGUCAAACGAGUAUGGUCAGGAAAUUCCUCCAAGGGGCACAACAGAAGGCAAACACAGUGGGCCCCCAUUUCUUCCGCCCCAGUUGUUACAAGUCAUUCUUAAUAAAGACACACCAGCCCAUGUUGAACCAUCUCUGCUUCCUGAGCCUAAUCAUGUCAUGUUAAACCACCUGUAUGCACUAUCCAUCAAGGAUGGAGUGAUGGUUCUCAGCGCCACUCAUCGUUUCCGGAAAAAAUACGUGACCACACUUCUGUAUAAACCCAUUCAGUAG